GGGCUGCUUGAGUUCAACAACAACUUUAUUGUUCCCGGAAGUGUUUCCUUCCCUUCCCUGCCCCAGCCGGAUCACCCCUGUGGGCUGCGGUGGGAGCGAUGUCGGGGGCGGCAGCUGCAGCCGCGGGGCCUAACCUGGGCCCUGGGCCUGGGGACUCCCCGGAAGGCCCGGAGGCGGAGGCUCCAGAGCGGCGGCGGAAGGCUCACGGGAUGCUGAAGCUUUACUACGGUCUGUCAGAGGGGGAGACGACAGGGCACCCCGGGGGCCCUGACCCUCUGGACCCGACAGAUCUCAAUGGGGCACACUUCGACCCGGAAGUUUAUCUGGACAAGCUGCGGAGAGAGUGUCCUCUGGCCCAGCUGAUGGACAGUGAGACGGACAUGGUGCGACAGAUCCGGGCUCUAGACAGCGACAUGCAGACCCUGGUCUAUGAGAACUACAACAAGUUCAUCUCAGCUACAGAUACCAUUCGGAAGAUGAAGAAUGAUUUCCGGAAAAUGGAGGACGAGAUGGACCGUUUGGCCACCAACAUGGCGGUAAUCACCAACUUUAGUGCGCGCAUCAGCGCCACACUACAGGACCGCCAUGAGCGUAUCACCAAGCUGGCAGGAGUGCACGCCCUGCUGCGGAAGCUGCAAUUCCUCUUUGAGCUGCCCUCGCGCCUCACCAAGUGCGUGGAGCUGGGCGCCUAUGGGCAGGCGGUACGCUACCAGGGCCGCGCGAGGGCAGUGCUGCAGCAGUAUCAGCACCUGCCCUCCUUCCGCGCCAUCCAGGACGACUGCCAGGUCAUCACGGCCCGCCUGGCUCAGCAGCUGCGGCAGCGCUUCAGGGAGGGCGGCUCUGGCGCCCCAGAGCAGGCGGAGUGCGUGGAGCUGCUGCUGGCCCUGGGUGAGCCUGCCGAGGAGCUGUGCGAAGAGUUUCUGCUGCACGCGCGUGGGCGGCUGGAGGAAGAGCUGAGUAGCCUGGAGGCGGAGCUGGGGCCCUCGCCGCCUGCGCCCGACGUGUUGGAGUUCACCGACCGCGGCGGCAGCGGCUUCGUGGGCGGCCUGUGCCAGGUGGCAGCGGCCUACCAGGAGCUGUUUGCUGCCCAGGGCCCUGCGGGUGCGGAGAAGCUGGCAGCCUUCGCGCGGGAGUUGGGCGGCCGCUACUUUGAGCUGGUGGAGCGCCGGCUGGCGCAGGAGCAGGGUGGCAGUGACAACUCCCUGCUGGUGCGCGCCCUGGAUCGCUUCCACCGGCGCCUUCGGGCACCGGGGGCCCUGCUGGCCGCUGCUGGGCUCUCGGAGGCUGCCACAGAGAUCGUGGAGCGAGUGGCCCGAGAGCGCCUGGGUCACCACCUGCAGGGCCUGAGGGCCUCCUUCUUGGGAUGCCUGACUGAUGUUCGCCAGGCGCUGGCGGCACCUCGCCUGGCUGGGAAGGAGGGCCCCAGCCUGGCGGAGUUGCUGGCCAAUGUGGCUAGCUCCAUCCUGAGCCAUAUCAAGGCCUCCCUGGCCUCUGUGCAUCUCUUCACCGCCAAAGAGGUGUCCUUCUCCAACAAGCCAUACUUUCGGGGCAAGUUCUGCAGCCAGGGAGUCCGAGAGGGGCUCAUCGUGGGCUUCAUCCGCUCCAUGUGCCAGACGGCCCAGAGCUUCUGUGACAGCCCCGGGGAGAAGGGGGGUGCCACACCCCCAGCCCUGCUCUUGCUGCUCUCACGCCUCUGCCUGGACUAUGAGACGGCCACCAUCUCCUACAUCCUCACACUCACUGACGAACAGUUUCUGGUGCAGGACCAGUCUCCAGUUACACCUGUGAGCACACUCUGUGCAGAGGCCAGAGAGACAGCACGGAGGCUGCUAACCCAUUAUGUGAAGGUUCAGGGCCUAGUCAUAUCACAGAUGCUACGCAAGAGUGUGGAGACACGGGACUGGCUCAGUACCCUAGAGCCCCGGAACGUGCGUGCUGUCAUGAAGCGUGUGGUAGAGGAUACGACAGCUAUUGAUGUACAGGUGGGGCUCCUGUACGAAGAGGGUGUUCGCAAGGCCCAGAGCAGCGACUCCAGCAAGAGGACCUUCUCUGUGUACAGCAGCUCUCGGCAGCAGGGCCGCUAUGCGCCCAGCUACACACCCAGUGCCCCGAUGGACACCAACCUCUUGAGCAAUAUCCAGAAGCUGUUUUCCGAACGUAUUGAUGUGUUCAGCCCUGUGGAAUUCAACAAGGUAUCGGUGCUGACUGGCAUCAUUAAGAUCAGCCUGAAGACGCUGCUGGAGUGCGUGCGGCUGCGCACCUUUGGGCGCUUUGGGCUGCAGCAGGUGCAGGUGGACUGCCACUUCCUGCAGCUCUACUUAUGGCGCUUUGUGGCCGAUGAGGAGCUUGUGCAUCUGCUGCUAGAUGAAGUGGUAGCCUCGGCUGCCCUGCGCUGUCCAGACCCAGUGCCCAUGGAACCUAGUGUCGUGGAGGUCAUCUGCGAGCGCGGCUAGGCCACGCCUUAGCCCUGCACGGGGCUGCCCCAGUGCCCCAUCCUGCCUGUGCCCUGGUCUCGCCCUGGCGGCCCUUCCCCGCUGGCGGGUGUCACGACCAGCCUAAUAAAAGUGUGUGGUCUCCU